AUGUCCACCCUAGCUAAGGUGUCCACUUCAGCUAAGGUGUUCACCCCAGCUAAGCUGUCCAUCCCAGCUAAGGUGUCCAUCUCAGCUAACAGGUCCACCCUAGCUAAGGUGUUCACCUCAGCAAAGGUGUCCAUCACCCUAAUCCUGGCCGCCGAGGUGGUGAAGUUUUACUUCCCCAAGCUGGUGGACCUGCACAGCUACGUGCCCGCCAGUGCCACGCAGCAGAAGCUCUCCAACUGGGGCCACCUCAACAGGAAAGUACUGAGUAAGCUGAACUUCUGCAUCCCGGACGACAUGAUCCGGAAGAUCGUUCAGUGCAGGCCCGGCCUGGUGGAGCAGGUGCUUAUCCUGCUGCGGCAGAAGAUAGAGGAGAAGCAGAAGCAGAGCAAGGUCACGUCUGGCCUGGACCAGGAGCUGGGCGUGCGGGCUGCGCUGGAACAGAUCAGCUACCUGGAGACAGGCUACUCCUCAAAGGUGAAGAGCCCCGCGGGAGGAGACUGUGCCCGGGAGUCUGGGGGGUCUGACAGGGAUCUUUUAUUGUCCCAGCAUUUCCUUUCUUGUCCCAGGCUGAAAAAGAGCCACCACGGCUACGCCCAGACAUCCCCGGGGGACUCCACCUUCCGCCUGCAGCUGGCAGAGAGGGAGCAGGCCCUGCUCCUGGCACAGGAGACCAUCCAGAUCCUGCAGAUGAAGGUGCGGAGGCUGGAGCAGCUGGUGCAUCUCAAGAACAUCCGGAUAGAUGACCUCAGCCAGCGCCUUCAGGAGGCCGAGCACAAGCAGAAAUGAGCGGUGCCUUGCUUUCCCUGCAGCUCCUCUCCCUGCUCACUCAGGAUCUCUCUGCUGGGUGCUUUUAACAGGGCUUUUCUGUGCCCCCUGCCCCACCUCUCCCAUCCAUCCUAGCUGCUCCUGAGCUGGAAGGCCAGGCCGCUAGAGGCAUAGGUGCUCAGCCCCCAGGAAAGGCAGUAGCAGAGCAGAGAUCCCAGGGUGAGGGGGCACCUCAGGUUCCUGCUGGGCUCUUAGCUUAGUUCAUCCUUUCUUUGCCUUGCCUGUUCGUAAUGAAAAAGCCAGGUCAAUGCUCAGAAACCUUCCUCUAAGGAGAGUGUGGGCAGCAAAGAUGCUGCUGGGGGGGGGUCCUGCCAGCCGCAGCCUGGGGGGCAGGUUGCAGCUGACUCGGUGUCUGUCAGCAGUUUGCAGCAUGGGGACACCUCUUGGCUGCCUGGGCCUGGGAGAUGUGACCUGGGGGAGGUGAUGUUUCUGAAAUGCUGAGAUUUAAUCUCUUACCCAAAGCUGUUGGUUGUGUUUGUAAUCUCAGAGAAAAUCUGCGCUGCAGCAAACAAACCUGCUUGCGUGGUCGGUGAACAGGAGCCCCGGAGCUCUGUCCUGUCUCUCUGGCACAUACACACACGACACCCGCGUGGGCUCCUGGACUGGCCCAGGCUCAGCUCGGGGCUGGCGGUACGCGGCUGUACUGCAGCCUGCUCCUUCCCGCCGCCGAGCCCCACGCGUGUCCUGCUUUCCCUGGGGCUCCUCUGGGGAUGUCACGAUAGACCUCUCCUUAGAUCCCAACAAUUGGAGCAUUUCCCCACCGGCAUUCUUAUAUCCAUUGAACUCUGCCGGGUGGCUACAAACACCGUUCCCCAACAGAGCACGGUCUGAUGGGCUCCGUGCAGGCGUCUAGGAGCAGGUCUGGGAACCCUUUUGCAGCCUUGGUGGCUCUGAGUGGUAGGAGAUGCUCAGGGAUUUGUGCGUUGAACUCGCUUGAGCUGUCUACCGCCCUCAACGUCAGGCCGUGGGGUGGACGGCAAUGCCCCGGGGGCUGCGCUGCGCU